CAGGGAACAGUGCGGGAUAGAUACUCCGGGACAGCGAGAGCGAGAGCGAGAGGGAUCCCUGGACAGAGGGAGAGAAACACAGAGAGACAGAGAGAGACAGAGAGAGAGAGAGAUGACCCAGGACUGAGAGGGAGACAGCCCCACUCCCGGGGACACAGGGACCCCCUCUCGGGGAAACAGAGACAAAGGGACCCCCACACCCCCGCCCCGGUCGAUGCCACACUCGGGCAGCCCCCGGAGCCUGGCCGCGGGGGCUCGGCUUCCCUUUGGCGGGAUGGCGAGGCGGUCGGGGCUCUGCUGACCGACAGACCAUCCGCACCCCCAACCCCACUGGCCGUCCCAAUCUCUCUCUCUCUCUCUCUCAGUGCCCGGUGCUGCCCGCCUCCUGUCGCUCUCCCUGAACCGGCUCGCCACCUCUCGGCUGGGGCAAGGACGGACGGAGCGAGGGAGGACACUCGGCCCUUCGCUCCUGCGGCGGUCCCACCGCACACCAUGUCCACCGACUUCGAGCGGCUGUCCCUGAACUCCUCGGCUAACUCCAUGGUGUCGGCCAGCGGCUCGGGCGGCCGCUCGCUCUCGUCCAACGUGAGGAAGCUGCACAACGCUCUGAACGUUUUACUGAGCGACUACGAGAGGGAGCAGUUCAUCCACUGCCUGAACGUCUACCACUCCAAGCGCAACGUCUUUGACCUGGUGCAGACUUUGAAAGUGAUCUUGAACAGCCCGGAGAAGCGGCAGCUGCUGCCCAUGCUGCGGCUGGUCAUCCCCAGGUCUGACCAGCUGCUGUUUGACCAGUACACCUCGGAGGGACUAUACCUGAAAACAGAGCUGCUCACCCCGGCCACUGACAGCAGCCAAGCCCGCUCCGCCACUGCCAGCCACCUCCAUCAAUUAGACUCCCAAGUUUCCAGACAAGUGCAAGUAAAUUUCAGCACUGAUCAACGGACAGCUCCUUUCUAUCCAAGCUUAGUAAUGAAAGAAAAUUAUGGCGAGAUCAGGCAGGUGGCACUGAAAAGAAACAAAACAAAUGAAGGUUUGGGUUUCAGCAUCCGAGGAGGAGCUGAGCAUGGGGUCGGCAUCUAUGUGUCACUUGUUGAACAAAACUCAUUAGCUGAAAAAGAAGGGCUUCGAGUAGGAGAUCAGAUCUUGCGAGUGAAUGACAAGGUGUUUGAUAAAGUCACCCAUGGAGAAGCUGUUAAGAUCGAUAUCCAAUGUUCCUCUAAGCCGUUCAGCAGGGCAGCAACCCAGAAGACCAAGCACAAGACCACAUUGGUACUGAAAGGCUCCAAAAAGUUGGUUCUGUAUGUGCGCUCAGUGGGCCGUAUUCCAGGAGGCUAUGUCACCAACCACGUCUACACUUGGGUGGAUCCACUAGGCCGUAGUGUUUCCCCACCACCCAAUCUGCUCGAACACAAGAGUAACACACAGCGGAGCAAGGAGAGCGAAAAGAAGAGUCAUCUUCAACUACUCCGAGAUGGCGAUGAGAAGAAGGUAAACCUUGUCCUGGAUGAUGGGAAGUCAUUGGGCCUGAUGAUCCGAGGUGGUGCUGAAUAUGCCUUAGGAAUUUACAUCACAGGAGUGGACCAGGGAUCUGCAGCAGAAAGUACAGGCCUGAAGGUUGGAGACCAGAUUAUAGAGGUGAAUGGCAGAAGUUUUCUCAAUAUUCCCCAUGAUGAAGCUGUGAAAAUUUUAAAGUCUUCACGCCAUCUCAUGAUGACAAUAAAGGAUGUUGGAAGACUGCCUCACACUCGGACUGUGGUGGAUGAGACUAAGUGGAUUACAGGCUCAGAGCUCAGUGAGACAGCUGCCUUUAGUGGCUCUGCAGGGAUUGCUGGAGAAGAUGUUGGGAAGGCUACUGCUAAGCCUACAUUUUACAAAGCAUUGGCGGGGUCACAGGUCAUGCUGAGCAGUUUAGUGAACCAGGCACGUGCCAUGCUGGAUGAACAGGCCCGGCAUCUACUUAACGAACAUGAGCGGACAACUAUGGCCUAUUAUCUUGAUGAAUACAAGGAAAACAAUAUAACUGUUCAGGCCUUGGUUAUGGCUCUCUUCGAACUCCUAAACACACAUGCAAAGUUCUCCUUGCUUUCGGAGGUUCGGGGUGUAAUCUCCCCUCAAGAUCUGGAUAGAUUUGAUAAUAUGGUAUUGAAACGUGAGAUUGCGUCAAUGAAAGCUCGCCAGAAUUCCAGCACAGGCACGGAUUCCUACUCUGUCAUGUCUUAUGGAGACACAGCCUCAUCCUCCGUUAGUUACUUCACAUCUACAACACUCAGUUCAGCCCGGAAUGACACAGAUCUUGCAAGAACAAAUGACCAGCUGGAAGGAGACACUGGAAAGUUGCCAGAUAUCUCUCUUGAUAAUGUGCAGCCCUUUACUGACAACGUGUCAAACUAUAGACCUCUUCGAACUGAGUCCACCAGUCCCGCGUCUUCACAGCAAAAGACAAUGGGAGACAGACCAAAGCGGAACUCAACAGAGUCAUCACAGUCGGGCCUUUUCUUCACGGUACCUCACAGUCCUUCACUAACCACCACAAUCAUCGAUACCGAUGCCACAAGUGACGGUUCUUCGCUUGCUUCUGCCUCUGCUUCAGUUGUUUCGACAGAUGAGUCUCUUUGUACAGUACACACUAAAAACUUAAAAAUACAAACUAUGAGCAGCGAGGUGACAGCCCAACUCUCCCGUGUCAACCAGCAUAUCAUCGGACCCUUUCCCAGAGUUAAGUCUCCAACACAAUUGCUGUCUAAUACCUCGGAGAGUGUAUCACCAUCUCUUCCAAACCCACCACCAUAUGUUCCAGCCCCUCUUCCACCAGGGUCAACAGAGAAGCCACACUCACAGUUAGCAGCAGCCAACCAGCACUUUGUAAUGGUAGAAGUGCAUCAGCCAAAUGGUGAACCUGAUGUCAAUGAAGUUAGGACAUUACCACAAUCUCGAGAAACUAUGCCACUGUUCCCACCAGCUGCUGCCCUUUCCCAGCUAUCUGACAGUGGGCAGACUCUCAGCGAGGACAGUGGGGUUGAUGUUGGUGAAAUGGGUGGCAACAGCAAAGACAGCAGUCCCGUACCUGCGAAGGGAAAAGUCACCAAGGAAACGUCGGGGAAUGAAUCCAAACCAGAGGCCAUUUUAAAGCCACCUGGUUUAUUGGAGCCAACCUCGGUGUUGGUGAGAGUCCCGAAAAGUGCACCCACUCUGGGCAUUGCCAUUGAAGGAGGAGCUAACACACGCCAGCCAUUACCCCGAAUCGUUACCAUACAGAGGGGAGGAUCAGCACAUAAUUGUGGGAAGUUGAAAGUUGGCCAUGUGAUUUUGGAGGUCAACGGAAUUGCACUUUGCGGAAAAGAACACAAAGAAGCUGCAAGAAGAAUAGCAGAAGCGUUUAAAACCAAAGAGAGAGAUUACAUUGAUUUCCUGGUAACAGAAUUCAAUGUAGCACUUUAAGAACCACUGCUGCUGAACACUGCUGCUAACGAACGUAUCUUUGAAAAAAACUAUGAUAAUGUACCCUCAUUAAAACUCCAGGCUUUACAACAGACACAAAGAAGUAAUGAGUCUCCAGCUGCUGCAUUUACACCGUUUCUUUCUCAAGGACCACAUGCUGUCUGCGCUGGCUGACAGUAGUUCUGCUCAGUAGAAUCCGCAAUGAGAAGAAAAUGUAAAUUUGUGCAUGUGCAGAAUCCAGGUUUUGGUUUCAGCUUUUUCCAUUUAAUUUCACUUUUCUGAAUGAUGCCCGUGUACGGCAAGUACAAUCUGUACCGUUCUUUCUGUAAGUGGUUACACAUCCAAUGUGCUUCCCUAAUUAACCUGAGCCAGGAUUAACGUUAAAGCAUGUUAGGAGACCAACAGGUUCAUCUUCACUGCACAUAGCACCACCCGGAAACACUGCGAUCAUAGCAGAUAUGGAGAUAGAGCUGCAGCUAGGACUGUGUUUGUUUGCGCCUUAAAGCAUUUUCGGACAUUGUUCUUCCCUCACUCUACUGCAGAGGUGGCGAAGGGGAGGUGCAGGUUGUGGGACUGUGGCGAUGGGGGGGGGGGGGGGGCGGAGGCAUUUCCAGAUUUACUUAGUGACUUGUCGACGCUCAGACAUCCCGUUUGCACAGUCUGCCUUAAACAGCAAAAUGAAAAUGUCUAGGCUUUCCUUCAGAGAGUGUUUUAUUCCCAUUCGAUUUGUCGAUGCUGCAGGAGUUGGUGGUUAACCUCCUGGAGACCGCUGAAGGUACUGGGAUUCCAGCCUGCAUUUGUUCCUUUAGUUUGUUCGGUUUUUACAUCUUCAUUGGUAACUCCGCUCAGAUUAAGGGAACUGCUAGUUGACUGGAUGGAGUGACUGGGGGUGUGAGAUCAGAGGCUGAAACUUCCAGGAAAUGACCAACCCCAAGUGGAAACUCUCGUCAACUUGAUUGGUACAUUUCUGUUAAAGUCAGUUGUGCGUUCAAGUUACAAUGGCACACUGAAUUGGGUUAGUUCUCUAAUGCUGCAUACCUCCAUCACUACUGCAGAGGCUCAAAGAUUCAGAAGGCAUGCCAAGUGUAAGGGCAAUGGGUCAACUUAAGAGGAUACCAAGAGCCCCGAAGAUGUGAAGAGGGAUGCCCACCCCAUUCUGAGUCGCGCAGUUGCCGUAUAAAUCCCCUUGGGCGGCAACACGCAGAUUUUCUGGUCUAUGUGAAGCGAGUUCCAAACACAACAGAAACUUCUUGCUUAGAAGCAUGAAAUCUUUUGAAGGAAAACACCACACACACGCACACACAUACACACACACA